GAAAGGGUCCAGCGCCGCUUUUACCAGCCAAUCGCUUUCCCGGCGGGGAAGCCCGGGAUGCCUGCUGCCUGGCCUCGGAGGGAGGGCGGGGGCAGAGGCCUGGCUGGCCGCCCUGGACCGCGGGAUCCGUCCAGAGACUUCCCCAGCAGGGGUGUGUUAGGGGAGCCCUCUUUCCGACGUCGAAAUGGUUAUCAAAGUGUUCGUUGCCACAUCGUCUGGGUCCAUAGCGAUUAGGAAAAAGCAGCAAGAAGUGGUCGGCUUUCUGGAGGCCAAUAAAAUAGACUUUAAGGAGCUGGACAUAGCUGGGGAUGAGGACAACCGGAAGUGGAUGCGGGAGAACGUCCCCGGGGAGAAGAAGCCUCAGAACGGGAUUCCCCUGCCUCCUCAGAUCUUCAACGAGGAGCAGUACUGUGGGGAUUUUGACUCUUUCUUCUCUGCAAAAGAAGAAAAUAUUAUUUAUUCAUUCCUUGGUUUGGCUCCCCCUCCUGGGUCAAAGGUGACGAAGCCCGAGGAAGCCUCUUCCGUUCCCAAUGGAGGUGAGGCAGGAGAGACGGAGGGCCCUGCAGAGGGAACAGAGAAGGCUGAAGAAAGUGGAGAAAAUGAGGCACAGAAAGAGGGCAAUGAAGACACUGGCAAGCUCUCCGCGUCCCAGGAGGAGAAUGAAGAAGAGGGAGAAGAGGGAGAAGAGGGAGAGAGAAGAGAGGAGAGGAAAGAGGUGACAGAGGAAGGAGCAGAGGGAGAAGCCGAAGAGGAGGAAGCCGAGGACGAGGCAGCAGAGGAGGAAGCCGAGGAGGAGGCAGCAGAGGAGGAAGAGUCUUAGGAUUUUCAGGCCGGUGCUUCAGCUUGGCCAGGAUAUCCAAGCCUCGAGGCCACACAUCAGCUCUCUGUCUACUAAGUCAACGAAGCCCUUAGGCUCCAAGCCAGCACCCUUCCCUCAGCACUCAGGGUUCACUGAGGGCUUGUGCCCUCCAAUGCACUUAGGUGUGUGUGGCUCUGGACUUCAUUGUAUCCACGUGAGGCUGAGCGGAAGACCGGACACACACUGUGCCACAACUCUUGGUCUUUGCUUAGUUUGUUUCUUUGCUUUGCGCAAGUAGAGCUUCUCUGUAGCUCCGCGAACAGGCUCCUGAGCGAGCCUCACUGUGCUGCAGCAGAGUGCCUCUCUGGGUACUGCUUCUUUGCAGCUCAGCUUUCCAAACAAAGCACCCAGAGAGCAGUGAAUAAAGGCUGAUGGCAACA